AUGUCCACCACACAACCACCACCAGCCGCUGCAUCCCCGAGAGGCCCUCGGCCCAGGCACCACCAGCACUCCAAGAGCGCAACACAGGUACCGCCUAACAAUGCCAACCGGAACCCUCAGCGACGACACAAAGGCAAUCGCACCACCAGUGGAAACCCAAACAACCAUCGCAAUGCCGCUGACGUGGCUGGCAACAGCCUGUACGACACGCAGAACCCAAUCUACUCGGACAGCGCCGUAGUGUCAAGCGAAGAAAUGCCUGUCCCAGCAGGGUCGAGGAGCGCAAAGAAACACCACAACCAUAGCUCCCACGCCCACCAUGAUCGUGUCCUGUCCCCGCAAAGCACCCACGGUGCCUCGUUGACCGAUUCCGAAGCCAUCCCAAACAAUGCCUCUGCUACGCCUGCCAAAGAUGCGCCCGCCUACGCCGGUCCUACAUUCCAUGCCUCUCCCGCGCCAUCUGCCCUUCCAAUCCCAAAGUUCCUCUCGAAAUCUGUACCGGCAAAGUCUCGCGGUGCGCCGCCUACCCCACCAGACGAUAGCCCGGCUUCUACGUCUCCUCCUUCGCCUUUCCCACCGUCGCCUUCUCGCGCUCCUGUCGCGGUCCCGCCUCGUCACGAGAACUCUCCCUUGGACAUGCUUUUCAAAGCAGAUCGGGCGGAGAAGGCGAAGAAUGCUACCCACAGCCCGGGCCCUAAUCCUCACAUGAACCCCUCUGAUCCCUUCACCAGCCGUACCCCGCACCAUUCCAAGCACGGCUCCCAAGGUUCCAUGAAUGCCAUAUUCCCGAUAGAGCUGGAUGCCUCGGCGCAGCACAACCAGACUUCCCCACCCGCGUCUGCUCCCGUCCCCCAUCGGUCCAACACUGAGCCUUCGAAGAUGCCAUCGGCCAAGGGCAACGCUCCUGCGCCUGGCAAUGACUCGGGCGCGAUCCAGGACCUUUUCGACAGGCUUUCCCUCUCCCAGAAGAAGUCCAUGGCCGCCACGACUCCCCCAAGGACCGGCGAUCAGGUACCCUCUGAAUCGUCGCCUCAUCAUCAGAGUCCCUCAUUCCAUCGAAGUGUUUCCGGUCCUUCGACGCCUGCGCCGGCACCUCAGGAACAGCAGUCCAACUUCUUCUACGGAAACCGCAACCUGUCGCCUCUAUUCAAGGCCGCUGCUAAGCCGGAUGGAACUCCUCGCAACUCUGGACUCCGCACCGAGAUCACGGCAGACUCCCCUCUCAUCGGGCAGGGCGAGUUUCCUUCUAACUACCUGCAACAAGCCUUCCGCCCGAACGGUCCAAGGCGUGGCUCCGCACCCCAGGUCCAGCAGUACCGCGAAUCACCAGACAAUCGCAAGCCCAGGGGUCAGGCUCAGACUCCUGGUAGGAACCAGUACAAGGCGAGGCCCAACUCUCAUACGCAUGCGCAGCAGCACCACCCCGGCGCCAACAAUGGAAAACCCGUCAACGUUCCCAAAUCUAAUCCCUUCAUACCUUCUUCUGUGCAGGCCGCAACUGUUCCCAAAGCGAACCCUUUCGUCCCUUCCUCUGUCCAGGCCAAGAAGUAUCCUUCUUCUCCUUCCAAGGCCCCGGACUCAUCGUCUCUAGAGCAAGAUCUCAAGCGAUUAUUGAAUGUUAAGAUGGGUGACUCAGCGGGCGUUCGUUAG